GCUUCCCGUGUUGAUCAGUAUAUUGUAUUCUAUCCACUGGUAUCCAUCUGCAGCGCAAGCACUGGUGCUCAGAAACGGGCCUUGGCUAAGCACACGCCCCGCACACGCGCGGUCCAGUUGUUUGCUAUAAUUAGUUUCAAUAGCUUCCCGCAACUUGCUGACUAACACAGCAGAUAUCACAACUCAUACAGAGAGAGGCAGGUAGCCCUAGAAUCGCGACGCCCGGUUCGCUUCCCUAAAAACAAAUGAGUGCCGCGACACCCUCCAGGCCCCACACGGCCCUACAAGCGAGUGCUAAUAAUAGUGCGCUCCUGCCGGCACCGACGCGUGUCGUGGUGUCGGGCAGGACCGUUCCAGCAUGUGGCGCGCGACGGGCCUCGCAUUCGCUGCCGUCCCAGGCCUUGCAGCGGAACCGACGCAGACCGCUGACCGAGCCGCCUGCUGCUGCUAGCGGGCUGUCGGCGUACCCACUUAUGGAGCUGCGGCGCGGUGCAUACAGCAGCGGCCGAGGCCUGGGCGGCGCGGUGGGCUCUCACGCCUGGCUCUCCGCCUGCGUCCGCCACAUAGUCACGACCGCCGGCGCGACCGAGCAGCCUGGCUCGCAGGCUGGCGGUGCUGCUGCCGGCAGCGGAGCCGCUUCGUCUGCAGGCGGCGGUCGCGGCGCCAGCCUGCACCUGGUGUUUAGCGGCCCCAGCGGCCACAGCCACAGUUUCCAGACGCUGCCGCUGUCGCGCACGGUGGCAGACAACCCGCAGCACUGGGACGAAAUCGCGGCCACGGUGUCCCGCACCGGCGCCAACGGCCUCGUGCUGGUGCGCCCCAUCCCCUCGCCCGACCAGCACUGCGUCUUCGCCGCCGCAGCCGCAGCAGCAGCCGCAGCGGCGGCAGUCGCACCCUCGCCCGCACCGCCCGCCUCCACGGCUUCGAAGUCGCCUUGCUACUCAUCGUCCUGCUGCUCGCCCUCCGCCGCCUGCUCGCCCAACGGCCAGCUGCUGCCGCCGCCGCCCGGCCCCACCAGCUCCAUGGAGGGCCAGGUGGGCGACUGCUGCGGCGGCAGCGGCAGCAGCGGUCACUCGCACCCACACUCGCACGAGCAGUCUUCCCGCAGCAGCAGCACCUGCCCGCCCGGCAGCGCCCAGGCUGCCGCUCCAGCCGCCUCGCCCGGCUUCUGCUGCCCCCACACACAGUACUGGGGGGUGGUGGUGCAGGGCGCCACACCCAGCGACACGGACGGCUGCUGGGUGCUCAAGACCAGCCGCAGCGACGUCGGCUCCUCGGGCUCCGCACACGGCGUGUGCAUGUGCACGCACUUCACACUGACACGUGUGUGUGGCGGCACGCCCCUCUACUCGCAGCUGCGAGACGCCUGGCUGGUGCCGCAGCAGCAGCAGCCCGCGGCCACCGGGCAGCAGUACGCGCAAACGCAGCCCGUGCGGCAGCAGCGGUGGCACUAGGGGCGGCGGGUCAAUUGCCUUGAACUCGUUGCGGCUGGAGUGGAGAGGGUCCUCGCAUGCGUGGCUUUUGGCAGAGCGAGGCGGAAUUGUACAUGUAACUUCCAGUAUUCUUCAUAUUACGGUUGUGUGAGAGAGUGCCAGCACAUGUCUGGCCGCCGUUUUUGUGUACGAUAUCAGUUCUCGCCGUGGUGUCUUACGGCCCUUCAAUCACAAGUCUCCCACGGUUGUCACACGCAAGCAAUGGUAGUCCGCCACUGGGCGAUCCCUUUGCGGGAGCAAGCACCAGGAUCCAGGGAGCUUGCGGAAGCCGCUGCAGGCAGUCCACAGGGUUUGGUAACUCGAGAUGUUAUUGGCAGUUUGUUCGCAGUGCACAGGUAACAAGGUACGAGCUGAUAAUCGGUAUAAGUUAGAGGUCUAGGGCAGGCCCAGGUAGAAUGGAGACAGAUUGCGGGGAACCCGCUGCAUGGUUGCGUAUGUAUGGAAUGCAAGACGUCAUGGGUUUUGCUCUGGCUGGUACAUGGUGAUUGGCGAAGGGACGAGCGCGUAUUCAUUUCUCAGCGGCGCGCCGGCGCCCGACCCACGAGGGGCAUUCAACGCCGUGCAUUGCGACAGGCACUGAGUGCAACGGUAUACAUGGACGUGCAUAAGCAGUCACUUGCGGUCUGCAGACGGCCGGCAGGUGUGCAGGUGUGAGCUGGUGAUCACAGGCACGCUGUGGGUCAUCCGGUGAGACACGCGACGCAGUGCGCAUUGUGUACCAUUACGGUAACGAAUGCAUCAGCC